AUGUCAACAACCACUCAAAAACCAAAGCUCACGGGCUGGGCUGCUGCUGCUGCCAAAGCAGCUCCUGCGGCUCCUGCGGCUCAACCAACUUCUACUUCCACUCCCACAGCCACUGUCAAACCAAAUAAAACCGCAAAAUCCACUACAUCUUCGAAACCACAAGGAAAUAACAAUUCUGCACCAGCUUCUACUUCCAGGAAGUCUAAAAAACCAGCAUCCAAACCUGCAUUCAACUCCGACCAAGUUCUCGAGUUUUUACACGCCAACUACACAAAUCAAGCCAAUGCACCAAACACCGUGCUCUACUCAAAACACGCAUCUAAUAGUCCUCCGGACUGGGGCAUCACCACCAAUAAUAGGUGGAAAUCCAAAAAAUAUGUAUGUUUAGGAGACGUGGCACGCUCUUUGAAAAAUUGA